GGGAUGAAGUAGGUACGAUGGGUUUAGGAUAGUGAAACCUUGAGGUGCUAAGUGUAGGAACAGGAUAGAGGAGCCCUGAGUGAAAAGCGGGGAAUUGGGUUAGUGGGGCUCUGGGGAAGUACCUGGAGAGGAAAUGAGAGAGGCCAUGGAUGGAGGCGGAGGUGGGGAGCCCUCCGGACAUCUAAUAGGAAUGGAGAUCUAGACGGGCCUGGAGGCGGAUGCAGGGGCCUGGGGGAGAGGGUGCGGCUUGAGCUGGGGCUGAGCGGUGAGGAAGAGAAAACGACAGUUUAAGAGAAACCCCUGAGGCGAUAGGGCCGGCAGUGUGAGAUAAAAGAGGCCGUUAAGAUGUAAAGAGAGAAACAGAUUUGGGGACUGAUUGCCAUUGGGAGUGGGGGGAAGGGACAGAAUGUCGUCAGAAGGCGCCCUCAUACCUGACCUCGGGGCCGAGAGGAAGACCCUGGAGGAGAAAGCUGCUGCUCCAGAUGCUGCUGCUGCCUCCGCGGCCACCCCACCCUCGGUCCUCCUCUCCAGAGGCCAUGGACCCACCGCCCCCUAAGGCUCCCCCUUUUCCCAAGUCGGAAGGUCCCUCCUCUACUUCUUCCUCGGUGGCGGGGCCCCGACCCCCGCGGCUGGGCCGCCACCUGCUCAUCGACGCCAACGGGGUCCCCUACACGUACACCGUGCAGCUGGAGGAGGAGCCUCGGGGCCCGCCCCAGCGGGAGGCGCCCCCGGGAGAGCCCGGCCCUCGCAAGGGCUACAGCUGCCCAGAGUGCGCCCGUGUCUUUGCCAGCCCUCUGCGGCUGCAGAGUCACCGUGUAUCGCACUCGGACCUCAAGCCCUUCACUUGCGGCGCCUGUGGCAAGGCCUUCAAGCGCUCCAGCCACCUGUCACGGCACCGCGCCACACACCGUGCUCGCGCCGGCCCACCUCACACCUGCCCUCUCUGCCCUCGCCGCUUCCAGGACGCCGCGGAGCUGGCGCAGCACGUGCGCCUCCACUAAGCUGGAGACCCGGCCUGCGCUGCCCUGCCCUGCCCCUUUCUGGGCCACCACGUCUGACCCACACAGCGUCACUCCUACACAUUUCCCUGGCCCUGCUGAGGUUACUGUCUUAACCUGGGUCUUAGUUUCCCUAUCUAUUUAAAAGGGAGAAGCAUCAUUCCUCCCUCCCCCACCCCCCCAUUUCUAGCUGUGUGAUGUAGACCAAAGUCAUUGCCCCACCCUGGGCCUGCGAGCCAGUCGGAACUGGGUUCUGGUCCAGCUGUGCUGUGUGAGCCUUUGCAGGUGACAUGACCUCUCUGAGCCUUGGUUUUCUGCUCUGUGAAGUAGGGAACGGUUGUCUGCGUUGAAGAGAUGACAAAAGAGCAUGGACACGGUCUGGUUCAUUUCUGUAUCAACUCCCUUCCGUCCACGACCCCCACUCUUUGCUCAAUAAACAUUCCGCACUCCA